AUGAGCCACGUUCCUACUGUCGAAUACAUUAUUCUUUUGACUUUGGCCAGCAAAUCAAUUUGCCUUAUAGUUCACAGCAAGUUGGAGCAUUUUGGACACACGAAAUUUGCUCCAGAUUUGUACUUCGGCCUGUACAAAAAAAGUUUUCGAAAUUCUGAUUCAAGUAAUUCGGAUAAUAUUGUAUCAGUUGCUGCCAAGGCUUGUCAAGUCAGUGACACAAUAACUGCAGUAUCGGUUGGAAUGGAAACAGGUGAAGUGCAGCAAAUUGUAGACCAUUUACUGCGUAAUUUUCCACCUUUCGUACAUAAUCCAUUUUAUCGAGAGUUCUCACAAGCAACUCAAAUGUUUCAACAACCAUUUCACCAAAAUCAACCAGUGCAACGUCAGCAAGUGAUACCUCAACCAGUCCAACCUCAGCGAGUGCAACAGGUUCAACCUCAGCGAGUGCAACCAGUUCAACCUCUACAAGAUAAGAAAGAAACAGACUCCAGUCGACAUAGAAUCUCAAGAUGGGCACCAAUGGAACCAUAUAUUCCAGAGUCGAAAUCGAAUUCAAUCGUGGAAGAUAUUUACAUUCCAACACCGAAAAAUAUUGAAGAAGAAAAGAAAACUGACCAAGAUCGGUCAUCACCUACAUCAACAUCAUCUGAAUCAUCGAAUUCAUCCACGUCUACAAGCUCUUCAUCACAAUCUUCUGAAGGGGAUAAAUUAUCAAGGUCAUCAGUAACUGCAGAUGCAACCAAACCUUCAGGGUCAUCAGUAACUGCAGAUGCAACCAAACCUUCAGGGUCAUCGAAAACUGCAGAUGCAACCAAACCUUCAGGGUCAUCGAAAACUGCAGAUGCAACCAAACCUUCAGGGUCAUUGCAACCUUCAGAAUCUAAUAAUGAUCCAUGUUACCGAACAACUAAUAAACCGAGGACGGUGACAGGAAAGAGGAAACAAUCUUUAAGUGAUAAGGAGAAGAGUAAACACAAAAAACAGAAAAAAGAAUAA